CAGAGAACUAAGAACCAAGAGCAUUGUGUUAUCGACUGUUGGCAAUAAUAAUGCAAAAUCGAUGAUCAACCCGUGUCUGGGGUGGCAAAAAAGCUAUAUAAAGGCAAAUACAAAUUAGUCGACCGGUUGGCAUCGAGUCGAAACGAAAGGCCACAACUCAAUUAUAGGCCUAAAGCCGCUUAGGAGAAUUAGCAUAAGUGCUUCUGAAGUGGAUUAAGUCAGUAAGACACAGAAUUCCAAUUGCAGCGCCUCAUGGUAAUGGCCGUGAUUUUGUUGCUGGCCCUGGCACUUGUUCUCGGCUGCUACUGCGCUCUCCACCGGCAAAAGUUGGCCGAGAUCUAUCUGCGGCCGCUCCUGAAGAACACGCCGCUGGAGGACUGCUACCAUGCCGCCCCGAUCGAGCCGGAGGCGCCCAGGAGGCGGAGGCGUGGCAUCUGGGACAUCCCAGGGCCGCAGAGGGUCCCCUUCCUGGGCACCAAGUGGAUAUUCCUGCUCUUCUUCCGCCGCUACAAGAUGACCAAGCUGCACGAGGUAUAUGCGGAUCUCAACAGGCAAUAUGGUGACAUAGUGCUGGAGGUCAUGCCCUCCAAUGUCCCCAUUGUCCACCUGUACAACCGCGAGGAUCUGGAGAAGGUGCUGAAGUACCCCAGCAAGUACCCAUUCCGACCGCCCACCGAGAUCAUCGUGAUGUACCGCCAGUCCCGACCGGAUCGCUACGCCAGUGUGGGGAUUGUGAACGAGCAGGGUCCGAUGUGGCAGCGCCUGCGAUCCUCCCUGACCUCCAGCAUCACUUCUCCCAGGGUGCUGCAGAACUUCCUGCCCGCCCUGAAUGCGGUUUGUGAUGACUUCAUCGAACUUCUGCGAUCUAGACGGGAUCCCGGAACCCUAGUGGUCCCGAAUUUCGAGGAGCUGGCCAACCUGAUGGGCCUGGAGGCCGUGUGCACCUUGAUGCUGGGCAGGAGAAUGGGUUUCCUGGCUGUCGACACCCAACAGCCACAGAAAAUCAGCCAGCUGGCGGCCGCUGUCAAACAGCUCUUCAUCUCCCAAAGGGACUCGUACUACGGCCUGGGUCUGUGGAAAUACUUCCCCACCAAAACCUACAGGGACUUCGCCCGGGCCGAGGACUUGAUCUAUGAUGUGAUCUCCGAGAUCAUCGAUCACGAGCUGGAGGAGCUCAAGAAGUCGGCUGAAUGCGAGGACGACGAGGCUGCUGGGCUGCGAAGUAUUUUUCUUAAUAUUCUGGAGCUCAAGGAUCUGGAUAUUAGAGACAAGAAGUCGGCCAUUAUCGACUUUAUAGCUGCGGGCAUCGAAACGUUAGCCAACACCUUGCUGUUCGUACUGAGUUCCGUUACUGGGGAUGCUGGGGCCAUGCCGCGCAUCCUGAGUGAGUUCUGCGAGUAUCGGGACACCAAUAUCCUGCAGGAUGCUCUAACGAAUGCCACAUACACGAAGGCCUGCAUACAGGAGUCCUACAGACUGAGGCCCACGGCCUUUUGUCUGGCCAGGAUACUCGAGGAGGACAUGGAGCUUUCGGGUUACUCGCUGAACGCAGGGACCGUAGUGCUCUGUCAGAACAUGAUCGCGUGUCACAAGGACAGCAACUUCCAGAAGGCCAAGCAAUUUACUCCGGAACGUUGGAUCGAUCCCGCCACGGAGAAUUUCACGGUGAAUGUGGACAGUGCCAGUAUUGUGGUGCCCUUUGGAGUGGGUAGAAGAUCGUGUCCGGGAAAGCGGUUUGUUGAAAUGGAGGUGGUGCUGCUGCUAGCCAAGAUGGUCCUGGCCUUCGAUGUGAGUUUCGUUAAGCCCCUGGAAACGGAGUUCGAGUUCCUGCUGGCUCCGAAAACUCCGCUUAGUCUGAAACUCAGCGAUCGGGUCUUCUAAUCGUCUGUGAAUUGAAAAACGAGCCCCAUACACUGCCUACUCUCAGGCGAUUUGUAUCAAAUACAACUAAAAUAGCUAAGAACUGAACCAUUAAGUGAAAUUAAUGUAAAACUAAUGCUAGGACUCUACACAUAUCUAUAUAUAUCCCUGAUCAGCCAGCAUCAGCAGCCUAGUCCUGUGAAGAAAUAAAAAGUAAAGCAAAACCAAGCAAUAUAAUAUUACAAACAUAUGCUGACUGGAUGUAGUAUAGAUCUAAAUGUACAUACGAAUUUCAUGUUUUGUUGUAAUUACUUAUUUAACGCUCUUUCAUCUAGUUAUAGUUAGUUUUAUCGCUUAAGUAGCAGCAAUUGUUUUUUAAUGUUCUGUAAACGGAAAGACUGUGUUUAAGUUUGGUUUUCCACUAUUUUACCCAUUUUUACAUAUUUUCUGUAAAUAGUUUCGCUUAUUUACCACCUAAAACGUGUACAGUUUAGUUUUAUUCGUAUUUAUUCAAGUGUUUCUACUGCCUACUUUUUUAUUUUUCUCUAUAUCUGUGAAUAU